ACUUGGGUCACACACCCCUUGGGAAAAGAAAAGGUUCAUAUCUUACUCGUAGGAAUGCUUCUGUCUCUUUGUUUUUGUAUUUUUAGGUGGUAGCCACGUUCAGAAGCAUGAUUUAUUUAUCUACAUGCUUAUUCUACCUUUCUUCAAAGGAGCUCAAAGUGGUGUGUGUGUUUUUCCAGCAUAUCCUUUCAGCAUCCUUGUGCACUUUGGUUGGCAUUCUUGGCAAUCCAGAGGACUACGGAGUUCACCAAUUUUUAGGAGUAAGAGACCCUUGUGCCUCUCUGGAACCUGCAAUGACAAGCUGGAACAUUAGCCAUGCAGAGAAAACCAGUGACAUGUCUUCAAAGCAGCCAGCGCCUAAAGUGCAGGUUCAGCGAUCUGUUUCCCGAGAAACCAUCACCAUUCAUUUCUCGGCGUUUGGGAAGGAGGAAGAGGAGGAGGAGGAGGAGGAAAAGUUUGGGGACUCUGCUGCUGAGGCACUGGAUGACCAAAGCAUUGUAACUGCACUUGAAGCCAAGGAAGAUCUGUGCUUCGAUCAUGGUGACCAUGAUUCUUCUGGUCCCACUACCUCGCUUAAUAUGGCUGCAUCUCUGCUUCCCUCCCCUCCCACCGUCACGCCAGCUGUAAAGCCACUGGAGUCUCAAGUAUUCAGCACCGUGCCAUUAGCUUUCUCCCCUUCCUCUCAUUUGUCUCAUGCCCCUAGCCCAUCCGAACUGUCUACUUCUCCAUUGCCCUCCCCUUCGAAGUCACUCGUCUUGACUAGCCUUCCAUCCACUGUUACUAGCUCAAAGCCUUUCAUGAGUCUAGUGAAGUCCCUUUCAACAGACAUCGAACCAAAAGAGCCCACGCCACCCAUGAGACACAGGCAGUUAAUGAAAACCCUGGUGAAGUCUCUGUCCACGGACACUUCAAAGCAGGAGUCCGAAGCAGUGUCAUACAAGCCGCCCGAGUCCAAACUGAACUUGCACCUGUUUAAACAGUUCACACAUCCUCGGAACACAGGUGGCGAUUCCAAAACUGCUCCCUCUUCUCCCUUAACAUCUCCUUCAGACACUCGCUCCUUUUUUAAAGUCCCCGAAAUGGAAGCCAAAAUUGAGGACACAAAAAGACGCCUUUCAGAAGUGAUUUAUGAACCUUUCCAGCUGCUCAGCAAAAUAAUGGGUGAUGAGAGCAGCAGUCACAGGCCCAAAGCCUUAUCUUCAAGUGCUUCAGAACUUUCCAAUCUCUCCGGCUUGAAUGGCCAUUUGGAAAGCAAUAACAACUACAGCAUUAAGGAGGAAGAAUGCGAUUCUGAAGGGGAAUAUUAUGGAAGUGACUCCAGUGUAAAUAAGAGUAUGAAACAGCCUGAAGAAUAUGCAUCCGAAGCUGAAAGUAGAAGCUCACCCUUGUUAAGCACAAAGGACUCCAGUUCAAAGGGUUCCCUGGUACUGGAAAGAUGUUCUCUGUCUGCCUUGGCAAGCAAGGAAGAUGAGGAGUUCUGUGAACUGUAUUCUGAUGACUUCUGCUUAAUAGAGGAUGACAAACCCGACCAGCCUUUGGAAAAGGUACCAAAGGUGGAAAUGCCUGAGGAGAGGGCUAUGCCCUUCAGCAGUGAAGGUGACAUGGACCUAUGUCUACCACAGCCUCCGCUUCCAGUGAAGACAUUGUAUUUUCUCACCAUGCUGAUCUAUGCUUACCUUAUACUCCCUCUCCCUAGUUACUUCAAUGGGCUCUUUUUGGGAGUUGCCCUUGGAUUUAUGAUCGCUAUCUGUGUGAUUUGGCUUCUCACUCCAAGUGCUAGGAAUAACAGGUUGCAUACAAAUUGGAACAAGCAGCUGAGUACAGAACCUCUAGACAUCCAAGAACCUGAAAUACUGAGGGGCUGGAUGAACGAGAUCCACAACUAUGAUCCAGAAACGUACCAUGCUACAUUGACUCACUCUGUCUACGUGAGACUUGAGGGAAGUACUUUGAGACUUUCAAAACCCAACAAAAAUAUUUCCAGAAGGGCUGUUUACAAUGAAACAAAGCCUGAUGUCACCUAUAUUAGCCAGAAAAUUUAUGAUCUUACGGAGAGUAAGAUUCAUCUGGUCCCCAAAAGUUUAGCUCGAAAACGAAUCUGGAAUAAAAAGUAUCCUAUUUGCAUUGAGCUUGGGAAACAAGAUGAUUUCAUGGCUAAAGCUCAGAUUGAUAAAGAGGCCUCAGAAGAGAAGCCACCUGUAGAAAAAGUAGAUCUAAACAGUGAAGAAUCCAGGAAGCAAUCUCAGGAUGGAACAAAGUCCUUUACCCAGAAGGACCAAGUACUUUAUCUAUUUGGAAGGACUGGUAGGGAGAAGGAAGAAUGGUUUAGGAGAUUCCUUAUGGCUUCCAGAUUGAAAGCUGAAGGGAAAAAGCCAAUUGCGGUAUGUGGAAACAAGCCAGGAUUCUUGCCAGCACACAGUAGAUCCAAUAGCCAGUCUGGAAUUCUCACACACAGCCGUAGCAGCAGCAAAGGAAGCACAGAAGAAAUCCUCUCUCAGCCAAAGCAGAAGGAACUGGCAGCCAGCUUGAGGCAAAAAGUGUUGCUCGACUACAACGUGUAUAUGGCAAAGUGCAUUCCACAAGAACACACGAGCCCUGUUGCUAGUCCAGUUCAAAGUGCUGACAGCAGCCCUACAGCUAUGAAGAAGUUGCCGGAUUCCCGUUGUGAAGAAGAGGAGCAGGAAGCAUGGGUAAAUGCUUUGCUUGCAAGGAUCUUUUGGGACUUCUUGGGAGAAAAAUACUGGUCUGACAUGGUCUCCAAGAAGAUACAAAUGAAGCUCAGCAAAAUCAAGUUGCCAUACUUCAUGAAUGAGCUAACACUAACUGAACUGGACAUGGGGAUUGCGGUGCCGAAAAUACUUCAAGCCCACAAGCCUGCUAUUGAUUCUAAAGGACUUUGGAUUGAUUUGGAAAUAUCCUACAAUGGAUCUUUCCUAAUGACUCUCGAGACCAAAAUGAAUUUGACCAAACUUGGGAAAGAACCUUUGGGUGAAGCACUGAAGGUUGGAGAAUUUGGCAAAGAAGGUUUCAGGCCAAGGGCCUAUUGCCUUGCAGACAGUGAUGAAGAAUCUUCUAGCGCUGGCUCCUCAGAGGAAGACGAUGCUCCAGAAGCAACUGGAAGUGAAAAGCCUCUUGUGCCUGGAGCAGAAGGGUAUGUGGGAGGACACCGGACAAGUAAAAUAAUGAGAUUCGUAGAUAAGAUUACAAAGUCAAAGUAUUUCCAGAAAGCAACAGAGACAGAAUUCAUUAAAAAGAAGAUCGAAGAAGUCUCGAAUACUCCAUUACUGCUUACCGUUGAGGUGCAAGAAUGUAAGGGGAUGCUAGCAGUCAACAUUCCACCGCCACCUACUGACAGAAUAUGGUAUGGUUUUCGAAGGCCACCCUACCUGGAGCUAAAAGCUAGACCAAAGCUUGGUGAGAGAGAAGUGACUUUGGUUCAUGUCACUGAAUGGAUAGAAAAGAAAUUGGAACAAGAAUUUCAGAAAAUUUUUGUUAUGCCAAACAUGGACGAUGUUUAUAUCCCUCUAAUGCACUCUGCCAUGGAUCCCCGCUCAUCUGUGUGCCCUUUGAAGGAUUCUGUCACAGAAGCUACUGACCAGCCAUGAGAUGCGAAGACUGCAGUUUACAGUAUUAAUGGAUUGCUUUCCUGUUUGUUUGUCUGUUUGUUCAUUCUUCAAAAAAUACUGAGUAGAAUUUUUUGUCUUGGUGCCACAUAUUGCUUUUGAAGAGGACUGCUGAUGCCAGUGCUUGCACCGGUUGUCCAGGUAUUGCUCCCAUCUACUUGAGCAUUAAUUUGGUUUCUGAACUGGCCUGUCUUUGCAGAGGCUGCUGCUGGAGGUCAACACAGGCAUUAAUGUGUACCAUGCUGCACUCCGAACGUAGGUGAACCUCCACCAGUUGCAGUUGUCCCAGAAGUUUUGACACAAAUGGGGUUGUUUGCGGACGUGCAAUAUUGGCAAGGCACAUAGUCUCGUUUUGUGGUCCUCUGUAAAGAACAAAUCUGUGUAAAAUUGGAAGCUGUUUUCCCUCUCUCUCUCAGGCAGUUGGAGGUGUAAAAUGAACUGGCAUGUUCUUUCACUUCUGCAGACUGAUAGCUUGUGUCAAGCAAUUUUGAAUUUUUUCUGGAGCGAAGAAUGUAAAUUGGAUGUACAGGUGAUAUUGUGAAUCACUUCAUGUGGAUUAUACAUAGUAACUUAUUUUUUCAUGAAGAAUUCUGCUUCUUUUGGAAACAAGUAGCCAUAUAACACAUGCAAACAGAAUUUGAUUAGUGAGGAGGGAUCUAGCAACUUUCUUUGUGAAAGAAGCCACCGUUAUGCAAGGCCAUGAGACCAACCCCUAGGAAGCCUUUUGUGAGGUACAAUCACCAUGGCUUGUAACUGAAUAAUGAAUGUUAGACAUGCACACACACAGAAGUGGCCAGUACUGUGUGUGUACAUGCAUGUGUGCACUAGUAAUAAUUGCAGGUUAGCCUAUGCGGAUGGAGUCAUUCAAUUAGGUUGACUAACCUUGUCUCACAUUCCUGUUGCUGUUUCCUCUUAACAUGCACCAUCCUAGGUGUGUAAGUGCAGUGGAUCCACAUAUGCUUCUAAUUUUUUGUGAGGCUCAAAGCCCCAAGUGCACCUUGGUCCUUAUCAUGUUUGAAAGGGCACCAUUUAGGCCAUCGUGGUGCAAAAAAGGUGCAACAGGACUGAAGCACCACGACCAAAAGUGGCCGACGCUGAAGAGCAGCCUUCCCCAGGUUGGUGCCCUCCAGGCGCAUGUAGACCAGUCUGUUGGCCGCCCAACCCAGAGAGGAGUGCCAGGCUGGGAAUGCCACUCAAGAGAAAUGCCUUGUUUCUUUCCUGUAUGGACAUGAAUCAUGCACAUUAAACUGUUUUGAACACUACACAAAUGAUCAACACCAGUAGAGUGUUUCUUGAUACUUGAUAUUGCCAACUACUUGUGUCAAGAGAAUGUUUAGUUUACAAAGCUGGUGUGCUCUUGAGCUCACCACUUAAUAGUGUACUAUUAUGCUUUAAGUGGUUUUUAAUCCUUUUUUUGUAUGUUGUGUUCAGUUAUGGUGUGUAAAAAGUUCCCGAUUUGCAAUUCUAAAUGAAGCUAAUUUUUUUUAAGCACCUUGCCUGAAACAAAGAAAACUAGCAUUUUAUCUAUUUAAAGAUUCUUAUUUGGACAGUUUUUUUUUUCUUUUUGGGCAGGGGGUGUUACCUAAACUUGUGACCAUUUCAUUCUGGGGUGUUGUUCUAAGUCCCUCUCCUCACUAUGAAAGCAUCUGCUGCCUCCUGAAGUCUGCAUGUCUUGUUCACGGCUCUUUUUUCCAUGUGCAAUAACAAUCAGUCUAAGACUAGAUGCACUAAUGUGUAAACAGAUACCCAGAUUUGACACAAGUGACUUCAUUGCACUUCAUAAUCUGAUUGUGUGGGUUAUUACAAUGGGUUUUGCUUUGUUUUCUGAAAUAAACUUAUCCUAUAUCAAA